AUGAAUAUCCUACAAAGUCGUCACUUUCGAGAAUUCAAAAUCGCUCUCCUUGUCCUGGGACAGUGGCCUUCUCAAUCACCCUGUCAACGAUAUUGUGCACGUUUUGUUGUACUCUUGGCUAUUUUCAGUAUCAUAACACCAAAGAUGAUCAAAUUAAUUGAAAGUAUUAAAGAUGUUGAUGAAGUUAUUGAAUGUUUACCGAUGGUGAUUCUUCAUUUAGUGAGUCUUACAAAAUAUUUCAAUUGGAUAUUCAAUGAGAAAAAGGUAAACCAUUUAUUUGUUCUUAUUGAUCGAGACGGAAAAAAAUUGACAGCUGAUCAAGAUGUUAAAAUAAUGAAAAAAUGGUUAGAGCACAUACGAAAAAUUUCAUUGAGUUAUACAACUGCUAUGUUUUCAAUCCUCGUAUUGUAUCUUUCAUCUCCGGUGUUUCCAAAACUUAUGGACAUGAUUGCUCCAUUGAAUGAACCCCGUGGAAGAAUAUAUUUAUAUCAAACAGAAUAUUUUGUCGAUCAAGAUAAAUACUACGUUCAUAUAUUGAUACAUGCAUAUAUGACUGUACCAUUUUCAUUGGCUGUAAUUGUUUAUUUUGACAACAUGCUCGCAACAAAUGUCGCUCACGCAUGUGCAAUAUUUGAAAUACUCAGUACAUAUUUGGAAAAUAUUAAAUAUGACGUUAGUAAAAUAACUAUAAUUAAUGCUGAAAAACAUUCUCGUAAAAUACGUAAAAGCAUAAUCCGGUGUGUUGAUAUGCACAAAAAUGCUUUGAGUUAUUUGUCCCAAUGGUAUAAUAUUCCUCCUCAGUACCAACGACUUCUAAUUCCAAUAAUGAUGAAAAGUUUGAAACCCUGUACAGUUACUGCAGGAAAAAAAUUUGUAUUAUCCAUGGAUACAUUUAGCAUGGUAAUCCAAAAAGCAAUGUCAUUUUUUACUGUCCUGUCAUCGACUCGAUAA